AUGCUGGGGGCAGCAACUGCAUGCGUGGCUCUCGCGUUGGGGGUUUGGGGUGUACGUACACCUGAAGUUGCUGCCUUGGGGCCCCCGCAGCAGCCCGCCGCCUUUCUGGGGGCCCCUGCUGCUGCUGCUGCUGCUUGGCCGCUGCAGCAUUCCCUGCGCUGCAGCAGGCAGCAGCAGCAGCAGCAGCAGCAGCUGGCAGCAGCAAGGAAACCCUUUGUGGGGGGCAACUGGAAAUGCAACGGAGACACAAAAGGCGCUGAGGCGAUUCUGCAAAUGCUGAACGACGCGCCUCCAGAAGUCGACGACAUAGAGGCGAGGGUGGUGGUGGCUCCCCCCGCGCUGCACGCGGGUUUGCUGCUGCGGGGCCUCCGAAGGCCUUUUGCUGUUGCUCUUCAAGACAGCAGCGAAGUGAAGGGCUACGGGGCCUUUACUGGCGAGAUAGCCCCGCAAAUGGCCAAAGACUUUGGCAUUAAAACCGUUAUUGUGGGCCACAGCGAAAGGCGUGCUGGAUUUGGCAAGCAGCCGGGAGAGAGCAACGAAGUUGUGGCUGCUAAGGCAAAGAACGCAGUGGACCACGGACUGCAAGUCAUUGCAUGCAUCGGGGAAAGCCUAGAGACGCGGCAGAGCGGCAAGACGAUGGAGUUUUUGGGGCAGCAGCUGCAGGCGUACGCGUCGGCGCUGGCGGGCGUCGGGUGGCGCUCAGUGGUGAUCGCCUACGAGCCCAUUUGGGCCAUCGGCACUGGCCAGACGGCUUCCCCGCAGACUGCGCAGCAAACCCACAAAGAAAUCCGCGAGUGGCUGAGGCAGCACGUCGGCGAAGAAGUCGCGCAGCAAACCCGCAUCAUUUAUGGAGGCUCCGUCAAGGGCUCCAAUGCCAUGGCAAGCUACUCAACCCACUCAGCUAGCUAG